GGAGCUUCACGCAGACCGCUGCUUAUGGAGAGAAGACUCUACAAAAGAGAAAAAGUUAAAUGCGCGUCGCUAACAGUGAGUGCUGGAUCUUAUCGUAUGAGGAGAUAAAUCCCAUUCAUCGCCUUUUCCAUGAUAAACUUGUAUUCAUCAACAUAACAUGUGUGAUUUUGGCACCCAUUCACUUGCAUUGUAUGGAACAACAGAGCAAAAAUAUUGUUCUGAAAAUCAUUGUUUGUGUUCAUCAGAAGAAAGAAAGUCAUACACAUCUGCGAUGGCAUGAGGGAGGUUUGUUGAUUUUACAAGAAAUCCUCCAAACCGGGACGGCUGAGUGAACUAAAGCCAGCAGAGGGGGGUUUGGGGAGAAGGAAGGGAAGAGGGAUUAGGGGCUAACCCUGGACAUGAUCAAUCCUUAAGGAGCCUCCCUCAAGACACACUAUUGCCCCAGAUUAUUACAUCUAAUUUACUGCAUUUUAAAGACUCCUUUAUCUCCCCGGGGGGGUUCCUGGAGAGCGGGUCACUGGAUUUGCGUAUCUCUCAAAACAAAGGAUCAGGAGCAGAGGCCAGUAGGAGUGGAAGAGCAUGAGGACCGAGUGGCUCCGCUCAGCAUAUGAGUACAUGUGCAGGGAUAAAGCAGCGAGCCUGCCUGGAGGGUUUGGGAUUGAGCCAGACUCACACAGCAGCAGGGUGCAGAGCUGAGGUCACUGAAUGAACUUGGAUUAAGAAAGCAUACAGUCACACUAAUUAGAUGAAGGGGUUGAUUCAGAACUUGUAGCAGCAGACCUUCUGGACCUUACUGAAGAAGGAGUACAUGGUCUCAGUUCUUAACCACAUAGAUAUAUGCAGCCAAAGCUGAAUUUAUUUCUGAGUUGAAUUUUUCUAAACCAGAAACCCAGAACAACUGUGAAGCCCAGAAUCUCUGACCACAUAUGCAGCAGAGGUUUUCAGGAAUUGGAGUCAUGCAUAUUUUCAGCUCACAUUUAUCUUCACUGAAUCUUUCUGGAUAUGAACAAAGACCAGUGGCAAAAACGGGACACAGCUGAAAGUGUCUACUUUUUGAAAAACUGUAAGAAGAAACAUUACACUCAACUGCAGCUUUCAAAAGUUGUAUUCUGUGUAGUCCUGAUGCAAGGGUGAAACGAAUAUAUUUGGCUACCGUUCUCACCAUUUUUAGAUAGGUUUUGUGUUGUGGACUCUAGUACCUACAAUUUCUACCUGGAGAAACCAUGAACUUCGGCAAGCUCUCUGGCCUGAAGGGUCUGGUGUCCCACUCCUCAGGAAAGCGUCGCUUUAAAGGUGACCUCACUCCGGACAUGAUCAGUCCCCCACUGGGCGACUUCCGCCACACCAUGCAUGUGGGCCGCGGAGGGGACGUGUUUGGGGACACUUCGUUCCUCAGUAACCAUGGUGGAGCAGGAAGUAAUGCAGAUGGAGACAAUUCCUCCACCUCAGAGAAGAAUGAAGGUUUCUUCUCCCGCACACUUCGCCAUGUCCGCAAGACCCCAAACAAGCCCUGCGGUGGCUCCAAGGACCUGUCACCCCCACCUCCUCCCAUUUCUCCAAUCAUAAAAAAUGCCAUCUCCCUCCCCCGUCUGGACGUGGACUCACCCAACGGUUGUCCUGUUAAAGUACUUUUCCCUAGUUCACCCAAAACACCAGAGACAUCCACAUACUUGUAUGGUUUGGAGUCUGGCUUUGUCACCUUGCCAAGGCUGUCUCGCACUGAGCAUCCAGCCCAGGGCAGCUCUCCCCCAGCCUGCCCUCCCGAAAUCCACCGAGGCUCGCUCAUGGACACUGGUGUCCCCUCCUUUCCCUGUUCAGACUCGGUCAGUCCUUCUGACUCCAUGAACUCUUUCACCUUUGAUCUGGGUCCCUCCCUUAUGUCUGAAGUCUUUGCCUUAAUUGACAGCCCUGUGUCUGAAAAGGGCGACCCUGUCAGUGAAAAGACACAUGAGGCCAGUCCCUCAUUUGGAUUGACUGAUGAUCUGAACUCUGAGGUGGACUCCUAUGCAACCAUGUCAUUGGUGGACUCCCUCCUGCGAGAAGACGAUGAUGGCAGGACACGAUUGUAUGGUGGAGAGUGGAAGCAUUCAGACUUUGUAAAUGGUGAGUCACCAAAAAAGUCCAAAGUGAGGGAUCUGAUGUGUUCCUAUGAUGUUGAAGAUCAUGGCAUGGAGCCGGAGAGUUUCAAGAGGGCUGCUGAUGUGCUGGCACGUCAUUAUGGGAGUGAAGGACUCAGGAAUACAAACGCCAACAACUCUUUCAGGGGAGUACCAUACACGUACCCUGAUGAGGAAGACGAGAUCAAAGUCUAACACUAUCGGAUGUCCUCAUCACACAGUACUUUUAAUAAUGUUUCUAAAUUUAGUAAUGGGAUGAAUGAAAUGAGUUUUGAUAAUGUCUUUUUUACCCCUACUUUCAUGCAGAUUUGAAGAAAGUAUCACAUAUGAAAGUACAUCAAAAAGAACAGAAAUGUAGGUGAAUCUAUGUAGAUAUUUUGACAUUUGGUUAGAGCUACACUGAUGGCCAAAAGUUUGGAAUAAUGUACAGAUUUUGCUGUUUCGAAGGAAAUUGGUACUUUAAUUUACCAAAGUGUCAUUCAACUGAUCACAAAGUAUAGUCAGGACAUAACUGAUGUAAAAAACAGCACCAUCACUAUUUGAAAAAAGUAAUUUUUGAUCAAAUCUAGACAGGCCCCAUUUUCAGCAGCCAUCACACCAACACCUUAUCCUUGAGUAAUCAUGCUAAAUUGCUAAUUUGGUACAAGAAAAUCAUGUGCCAUUAUAUCAAACACUGCUGAAAACUAUUUGGUUUGUUAAAUGAAGCUUAAAAUUGUCUUUGUGUUGUCUUAAGGUCAAUAUUAGGUCGAAAAUGGCAAAAAAGAAACUUCUCUCUAGAAACUCGUCAGUCAGUCAUUGUUUUGAGGGAUGAAGACUAUACAAUUGCCAAAAAAAAAAAAAAAAAGAUUUCAUACAAAGUUGUACACUACAGUCUUCAAAGACAAAGGACAACUGGCUCUAACAAGGACAGAAAGAGAUGUGGAAGGCCAGAUGUACAACUAAACAAGAGGAUAAGUACAUCAGAGUCUCUAGUUUGAGAAAUAGACUCCUCACAUGUCUUCAGCUGACAGCUUCAUUGAAUUCUACCCGCUCAACACCAGUUUCAUGUACAACAGUAAAGAGAAGACUCAGGGGUGCAGGCCUUAUGGGAAGAAUUGCCUCUUUUGAAAAAGAAAUGUUAGAGUGGGACUCCAAAGAAACACAGACAUUGGACAACAGAUAAUUGGAAAAGAGUGUUAUGGAUCUUAACCCCAUUGAGCUUUUGUGGGAUCAGCUAGACUGUAAGGUGUGUGAGAAGUGCCCGACAAGACAGCCACAUCUAUGGCAAGUGCUACAGGAAGUGUGGGGUGAAAUGUCACCUGAGUAUCUGGACAAACUGACAGCUAGAAUGUCAAGGAUCUGCAAAGCUGUCAUUGCUGCACGUGGAGGAUUUUUUGAUGAGAACUAUUUGAAAUAAUUUAAGAAGUUCUGAACAUUUUUUUCAAAUUGCAAUAGUAAUUUUUCACAUUAUUAAUGUCCUGACUACACAUUAUGAUCAGUUGAAAACCACUUUGGCGAAUUUGUCGGGCACUUCUCACGUACCUUACAGUCUAGCUGAUCCCACAAAAGCUCAAUGGGGUUAAGAUCCAUAACACUCUUUUCCAAUUAUCUGUUGUCCAAUGUCUGUGUUUCUUUGCCCACUCUAACUUUUUCUUUUUGUUUUUCUGUUUCAAAGGUGGCUUUUUCUUUGCAAUACUUCCCAUAAGGCCUGCACCCCUGAGUCAUCUCUUUACUGUUGUACAUGAAACUGGUGUUGAGUUGAUACCAAUUUCUUUCCAUAAGAGCAAAAUCUGUACAUUAUUCCAAACUUUUGGCCAACAGUGUAUAUGUUGUUGUUCAGGAACCAUGGGAGGUGUAUGGAAGAAACGUGGUAUUUAAUGAACUCAUUUCAUCGUCCUAAAGUUUCUAUCAUUACCUUAAACAUUAGCUUUGAUUCAAGAAAAUACAACCUGCUAUGGUUGCUCUAUCAAAAUAGAUCUCUAUUGUUUAUUACAAACACAGCUAGCUAUAACUAUGCCAUUAAAAUAUACAGUUUUUUCAGUAUUUUGAUUUAGCAAAUUCUGUCAGUCCUUUUGCAAGUCAAUCUUUAUACUAUUAGUGAUAUACAGUAUAUAGUGUACAGUGAUACCAUGUAGAAGUCCGAACAGACAUAUACCUGCUAGCUAACCGACUAUGCAAAACACUUUAACUUGUUUUUACACAGAAAUGAAGCAUUUCAUAUUCGUUUAAUUUUGAUAGCAUAGAUGCCCAUUGAGGACGAACUUGGGUGGCAGUUUUAUUUUCAGACACUGAGAAACCAGCAAUCUUUACAAAAUAAGACAAACCGACUACAGAUCACAGUGGUGCACAAGACUGGUGAUGUGUUCAAAGAUCUUUUCAAAAGCAAAACUAAAAAAAAAUAAUGAAACGUCUGUAAUUUUCUCAUGUCCUUUAUUACAUGUUAAAUAUCUUCUGAUCAACACAAUACUCACAAAUAUUUUAUGAUCCCCACUUACUUUUAUCAAUGUAUUAUGAAAAUAUGAUUAAAUAUGAAUAUGAAUUUUGCUUGAAUAUAAGUUUGGUUUAUUAUGACAAAGGAGUUGACGUCUCCAUUCCCUUAAUCAUAUGAUAUAUGUACAUACUGUACAUAUAUGUGUGUGGUUUUGGACAAGAAAUGUACAAAAUACCAAUGUAUGUUACCUAAGUUUUCAUUAAAAGAAGUUAUAAACAA